AUGUACUUCCUGAACACUAUCAUAGAAGAGGAUGAAUCUGAGAUGUUCCUGCAGAGAUCUUUGCUUGGGCAACAGGAUCCGGCUCAAUCUUCACCGCAAGCAGUCAGAAGGUCCCAGCGUUUGGCUGGUUCUGUGGAUCGUGAGACUGACUCAACCCACUCAGAGGAACGAAAGAGCACAGGUAAGCCACAGAGACGAGGCAGCCGUCACUCCCUCACAGAUUUGGCUACCGUGGCCCUGAGGGUACAAGCUGAUCUGAGGAAACAAUAUGAGGAACCGGUUCGGAGACGGAGCUCCUCAACACCGAGAACAUCCAGAAGCUUUUCGGGGACAACUUCCCCACCAACAGCACGAAGGGCUUCCAGGAGUCGCUCGAUGGGACGGCUAUCUGGACCUGUAGAAAGGACAAAUGAUGAAUCAAAGGCAACUUCAGCAAAGAGGACUGAUCCAACACAUUCAUCCAACAGAGUCAAACAACUCUCUUCUAAAUCUUCUAAAAAGGAAGGAACAGUGCCAAAACCCCAACAACAACAACGUAGAAAUACACGGAGAAAACCUGCACAGGAUGAUUUUCCUGCCCCUCAGUGGGUGAUCAACCUGAUGAUUGACAUUGAAGAAGCAACGCAGCACAAGCUGACUGUGGAGUGAAGACCAUGUAGAUGAAAAGAAG